ACCGUACACUGUGCAGGACACUCCUCGAUAAUGACUUCCUCUUCAGCCAAAGCAAAUUUUGAAGAGACUAGGCGAAAAAUGCUGUUAUUUUGACACGUCGUUUUGUUCGAGGAUGUGGUAAAAAAAGCACUUUGCAGUUCAUUUGAAGCAGCGUUGCGGAAUGUAACCAUGGGAACAGCACAGGCUGUAGUGAGGGCGAUGCUAAGGGUUAGCUGAAGCUUUAUGAUUUUCAUUUGCUUGUCCACGGUGUGGGGGUUUACACUGUUACUGUAGACAGUCGAGCAGCUGUAUCUAAUCGCUUUCCGUGAUGGAAGAAGUCGACAGGAUUUUAAUUCACUCUCUAAGACAAGCUGGCACAGACAUUGAUGAGGAUGUGCAGAGUGUGAAGCAGUUCACUAGUGAGCUGAUUGUGGAGGCGGUGGUGAGAUGCUUGCGUGUGAUGGACCCUGCGCUGGGUAAUGGCCUGUCUCAUUCACUACCACCUGGCAUGUCUGCCCGCUUCAGACUGGGCAUGAGCCUGGCACAGGCCUGUCAGGAUGUGGGCUUUAAAGGAGAGAUUGGCUACCAGACAUUUCUCUACAGUAAUGAACCAGAGAUUCGCUCUCUGUUCAUGUUUCUGGUUGAGAAGCUGCCCAGAGAGAGUGCAGAGGCCUCAGACCAGCCUGCAGGUAAGUCUGCAAUGCUGCAGAAAGCAAUUGCAGCUCAAAUUAAAGCUCAGUUGUCAGUGCCUUGGCUUCCUCCGUCCUGUAGACUCCCCCUUCACCGUAAAACACAGAGUUCCGGCCCAUCUCACAGUUUCCAUGCCCAGCCUCUAAGCCUCCCAUACUCUGUCAAGGUCUCUUACAGGAAACAGCCAAAAGAGGUGCAAGAGUACUGGAGGAGUCAUUUGCUGCCUGUGACUGCCCAGCCUUCCAAGCAUGCCUCAGUGCCAGCGUCCCUGCUAGAGAACCACAUCUCUGAACUUAGUGCCGCACAGGAAUGGGAGAGUGAAUGGAACAGCCAAGGCCUCCUGUCAAGACUUACACCUGAGGAGUACCGGUCGAGGAAAAAGGCUCGACUGCAGAAGCGGAUCGAGGAGCAGCUGAGAGCAGCGGCUCAGCCACGACCCAACACACAUGCAGCCGGACGCUCGACCUCUGACCUUGCUGACCUGUUACAGUCAUUCGGUGGUGCUUCCACUGGAGGAGAUGUGCUGACUAAAGGCACGCGCUUUACCCAUACAGAAAAAUUCACCUUUACACAGGAACCUGAGAAAGCAGCCCAGCAGAUGGCAGCAGCAGCAAGUGCACUUCCCAGCUCUCAUCAAUCAGAGGAGGACCUAAAGGCUCAGCAGGAAGCUGAACUUUCUGCUGUGCAGCAACAGUUGCAGCAACUGUCAGUCCAAAUGGAAGAAGUGGGUGGAGAUAUCAAACAGCUCACUGUGUCCAUCCAGCAGGGACAAUCCCCCUGGAGCAACCUGGAGUUAAGUGCCUUGCUCAAGGACACAAUGGUGGUGGCUGUGGGGAUUGAACCAACAACCUUCCGCUUACCAGUGUCAGAUGAGCUACAACAAAAAGAGGUGAGUAAUUCAGAGAAGGAGACCUCCAUCAAAAUGAAGAGACAGACGAUUGACCUUUUACCUGAUGCUGAAAACAACCUGCUCAAGUUACAGAGUCUGGUAGAGGCCAGCUCUAAGCGAGUGGUUCAUUUGGCCUCUCAGUGGGAGAAACACAGAGUUCCAUUGAUUGACGAGCACCGCAGACUGAAAGAAUUGUGUAGCAACAGAGAGUUUGAGUCAUCCAGGAAGCUGUCAGAGAUCAAAGACCUACAUGACAAAAUCAAACAGUCUGCUGAGGAGGCCAAAAAGAAGGAAAGUCUCUACAAGCAGCUGCUAACAGAGUAUGAUACACUGUCUAAAGAUGUGUCUCGCUCAGCCUACACCAUGAGGAUCUUGGAGAUCGUAGGCAACAUAAAGAAACAGAAAGAGGAAAUCACUAAGAUUUUGUCUGACACAAAGGAGUUGCAGAAAGAGAUUAAUGGCCUGACUGGAAAACUGGACCGAACAUUUGCUGUCACAGAUGAGCUGGUGUUUAAGGAUGCCAAGAAAGAUGAAUCUGUCCGCAAAUCCUACAAGUACUUGGCUGCCUUACAUGAGAACUGCACUCAGCUGAUUCAGACCAUCGAGGACACGGGAACCAUCAUGAGAGAAAUCCGAGAUCUUGAGGAGCAGAUAGAGACUGAGAAUGGAAAGAGGACAGUUAGUAAUCUGGAGAAGAUCCUGGAAGACUAUAAGGCUAUUCGUCAAGAGAACUCUGCCCUCGCCGCAAAGGUCCGGGAAGGCUGAUUCGUUGCUCCGUCCAUGUUCGCUGGUACUGCAGUGACAGCCAGGCCUGCUGAAAUGAGUGCUGCUGUGAAAGAUGUCAGUCUUUUUCUCGUCUGCAUCAGCCCUUCAUCAGUUCAUCAAUAAUAAUCCUCAUCACAUCAGUAACUUUCUGCUUUUACUGAGGGUUUGAAGAAUUGUUAUUUAAAGCCAAUUCUAAACAUUGUGAUGAGAUUCAUUUUUAAAACAACAGCUUUGAGAAGAACCUGUACCAAUGCCUCAUCUUGUUUAGAUUACAUCUUUAUAAUACGGUGAUAACCAUAUUAUUUACAUGAAAGUGUCCAUUUAGAUUGACCUCUGAUUGUUAUUAAUUAUAAAGGUUCAGCUGCUCAUGAAAAUGAUAAAAGAUUCAGAGGGUUGGAUUGAGUUUGGAGAAUAGAGGGCUGAUAACAAGUGAUAAGUUCAAUUGUGUGCUUCAACAGUCAAAGCAGCUUGCUUGUUUCAUAUUAAAGCAUACAUUGGACAAUG